UGUAAAACAGUCAGGAUGUUAGACUUGUAUUUUGUUCGUUAGUUCUGACAAACAGGAAGCACUUUUGUUUUUGCAUCCCCACUGCCUUGCUAGUGAUAGAAGAAAUAAAAAUGUCUUCGCUUGACAGAGUAAAAGUAUUAGUCUUAGGAGAUUCAGGUGUCGGAAAGUCGUCUUUAGUUCAUCUGUUGUGCCAUAACCAAGUAUUGGGAAAUCCUUCAUGGACAGUUGGCUGUUCUGUGGACGUCAGGGUUCAUGACUACAAAGAAGGCACGCCAGAAGAGAAGACCUACUACAUUGAACUGUGGGAUGUUGGUGGAUCUGUGGGAAGCGCCAGUAGUGUUAAAAGCACCAGAUCCGUUUUCUACAAUUCAGUUAAUGGCAUUGUUCUAGUUCAUGAUCUUACAAACAAAAAAUCCUCCCAGAAUCUGUAUCGCUGGUCAAUGGAGGCUCUAAACAAAGACUCCUCUCCUACAGGGGUCAUUGUGUCUAAUGGGGAUUAUGACCGAGAGCAGUUUGCGGACAACACCAUCCCUCUCCUGCUAAUUGGCACUAAGUACGAUCAAAUCCCGGAAAACAAGAGGAACGAAGUCCUGACUCGCACCGCCUUCCUGUCUGAAGACUUCAAUGCAGAGGAGAUUAACCUGGACUGCACAAAUCCUCGUUACUUUGCUGCUGGUUCAUCUAAUGCUGUAAAACUUAGCAGAUUUUUUGACAAGGUUAUAGAGAAGAGAUACUUCAGCAGAGACUUGAGUCAGAUGUCGGGCUUCACAGACAGGAAGCGAUUCAACUUCAAAGGUCUUCAUUACGACUGAAGGUGUGAAAACGGAGGCAGCAGAGUCUUAUGGUUUUAGUGUUCUGUAUAAUUAAACUCAUCAUUACUAUAUCUGUAUGCAUGUAGUAUGCAGGUGCAGGUGGUCCUGGGAAGGUUUGUGAAGUAACACCACUAAACUACAUGCUGAAAGACGUUCUCGUGUUUAUUUUAGUGUGCAAUUGUGAGAGUAAAACUGCAGAAUAAGAUUCAGUUAAGGUGUGUUUACAUAAUUUACACAUCCAUCCAUUUUAUACACCUUCUUUCCAGUUAAAAAUUACAGGUGAAAAUGUGUAGAACAGAUGAAGAUGGAGCCAAGGACCCCUUUUUUAAAGCUUAAUUCAUAAACACCCAGAUGAGCCACAUAAUACUUGCUGAUACAAAAUACUUUCUCUGUAUUUGCUACAAAAUGGCAAUGAUUUAUCCUUAACAAAAACUAUUUUAUAUUAUUACUAAUUAUUUUAAUUUAUGCAGUUUUAUAAAUUUGCAUAUUUGCUAUAUUAGCAAUCUUGUACUUUUGUAACUAAAGUUCACAUAAAUAUAGAAACAUAAAUAAAGCAACCUUACCAUUGCA